ACUGGUUGUACAAUAUAUAUGGGAGAGAGUAAAAUAUUAGAUGGAGAACAUGUUCUAAACACGUGUGACUCAGUCAUAUGACUCUAGGAGAGUCGAGCUGCAAAACAGGACGAUGGCUGGUGGAGAAGUGGAGAAGUCAACAUUCUUCGUCGCUGUCCACGUAGGCGCCGGAUACCACGCGCCGUCGAAUGAGAAAGCUCUCCGAUCCGCCAUGAAACGCGCAUGCCUCGCCGCCGCCUCCAUCCUCCGGAAGGGUCCCGGUGGAUGUAUAGACGCUGUCACGGCAGCGGUUCAAGUGUUGGAGGACGAUCCAAAUACAAAUGCCGGGCGAGGUUCAAAUUUGACUGAGGAUGGUUAUGUGGAAUGUGAUGCAAGUAUUAUGGAUGGUGGUUCCGGAGCAUUUGGUGCUGUGGGGGCAGUGCGAGUUAAUUUUGGCCAGGUGUUAGAAAUGCCAUCCAGAUUGCUGCAUUAUUAGCAAAGGACCAGCUUUCUGGUUCAACACGGCUAGGACGUAUAUCCCCUAUGUUUUUGGUGGGUGAAGGUGCACGAGUAUGGGCAAAAUCUAGAGGUGUUGUUCUUCCUGAAUCAAUAAAAGAAGCCGAAGAGAUGCUUGUGACUGAGAGGACCAGAAACCUGUGGAGAAAAUACCGAGGGAUGCUUGAUGGUGCUAAAGCUGUUAAUGAUGUUUCUUUCACACCAAGCACUUACAAUCCUAUAGGAACUUGUGCAGUUUUAGAGGCUCAAUUGCAAGAUGAGUUAAAUGGAAGCACAAGUAGUGACCAAUUUUCCUUGCAAAAGACCCCAGAUGAGGACUGUGUUAGUGACACUGUUGGAGUAAUUUGUGUUGAUUCAGAAGGUCACAUUGCAUGUGGGGCCUCAAGCGGCGGUAUCGCCCUGAAGGUCACAAUUC